CACCAUUGAGCACGUGCGCGCUCCCGCUACGUAGCGACAAGAUGGCGGUCGCCACCGGAUCAGGCAUUAAAGUUCCUCGCAAUUUUCGACUUUUGGAGGAGCUGGAAGAGGGUCAGAAAGGUGUGGGAGACGGUACUGUGAGCUGGGGUCUGGAGGAUGAUGAGGACAUGACCUUAACACGGUGGAGAGGAGUGAUCCUCGGGCCUCCGCGGACGAGUUAUGAAAACAGGAUGUAUAACCUGAAGGUUGAAUGUGGGCCAGGUUACCCAGAGUCACCACCGUUCGUCAGAUUCGUGACCAAGAUAAACCUGAAUGGUGUGCACACUUCCAACGGCGUGGUUGACAUGCACGCUGUGACGCCGCUGGCAAAGUGGCAGAACUCCUACAGUAUCCGCAUGGUGCUACUGGAGCUGCGACGGCUCAUGAUGUGCAAAGAAAACAUGAAGCUUCCUCAGCCCCCCGAGGGCCAGAUCUACACCAACUGAGCUUCUGCUGCUUAUUUCAUCAUAUUUCUCUCCUUCUUCCCUGACUUUCACUGUCAGUUUAGUUUUUAAUCCUUUAAUCCUUCCCUCUGCCACGAGACAUUCCACCCUCCACCUACAAACAUACAAAUGCAGCUGCAGAAUUAUAAACACCAGAGCAGACACAUUAAGACUUAUUCCAAUAUUAAAGCACCUAAAUCCUCAUUUAUUUUAGACCUUCGCUGUUCCAUCAUUAAAGCCCUGAGAUCAUUUAUUAAUGUACACCCUACUCAUUUUUUCAGUUAUGUUGAAAUGCUGAUUGUAUAAUAACAAACUUAUUAAGUGUUUCUCUUUGUGUGCUGCCUUUUUUAUCAUAGGAAACAGCCACUUGACAUGCAUUAACAUUCUUGGCUAAAUGUGGCUCAGAGACGACCCUCUGAUGUACAGAAGAACCCCCAGUUCUUGUUUUUUUCUUUUUGUUUUUUUUAACGUUUCACAUGGCAAUAAGAAUGUCUAUGUGUUCAGAUAAAUCUUCUAGAUGUUUUGCUGUGGGUUUGCAAACAUGUAUUUGUACAGGUGCUUUUGUAAAUGCAUAAUGUUUCUGUUUGUAAACAUUGUGUUUUUACAUAAGAAUAUAUCCUCGGGAUGCAUUGUAUGCAAAUAGACCUGCAUUGCUAUCGUGCUUGAAAAGAAAAGUGACAUCAGCUACCUCUUUUGGCCCAAAUCAAUGUGACGUCCUUGCAUACUGUGUUCCUUUCUCCAUUUCUUGCAUAAAUAUCUAUUCAUGCA